AUGAAGCAGGAGGAGUUGCUUCCUCCCCCCCCAGCAGCCGCCCUGGGUAUGGCGGACUGUCCUUUGUUCCUUUCGCCUGACGGGGGCCUUUUCUUUGCAAACAGCAGCAGCAGCAGCAGCAGCAGCAGCAGCAGCAGCAACAGCAGCAGCAGCGGCAGCAGCGGCGGUGACAGCGGUGACAGCAGCAGCAGCAGCAGUAGCAGCGAUGCGCCUCCUGCUGCUCCAUCCGAAUCUUCUACACCUGCCGCCGCAUCCGCAGCAGCAGCAGCCGCAGCAGCAGCAGCAGCAGCAGCAGCAGCAGCAGCAGCAGCAGCAGCACAGCAGCCGCUGCUGCACCUGACUGGAGACGUUGGCUGCUACCGAGAGGGGACCCUGCAUCGCCUCAUCGCAGCAAAAAACAUCCCCGGGGUGCGGCAGUGGCUCAGCAACCCCAUAUACAGAGACACCAUCAACGACUUCAAUCAUGCAGGCGAGACGCCGCUGCACGUGGCGCUGCAUGUGUGUGAGCCGCGCAUUCUCUCUCUCUUACUAAACCCUCCCCCCAUCCAGCUGCCCACGGAUUCUCUCCUCAGCAGCAGCAGCAGCAGCAGCAGCAGCAGCAGCAGCAGCAGCAGCAAUGGAGAUGGUGUUGACUCUGGGGUCGGGCCUUCUGAGGGUCUGUCUGCAUGCGGGGAGUGGCCAGCAGCAGCAGCAGCAGCAGCAGCAGCAGGGGCAUCUACACCCACCUCACCCGCAGCAGCAGCAGCAGCAGCAGCAGCAGCAGCAGCAGCAACAGCAGUUUCUGUGGAUUUCUCGCUGCCCAUGGAUGACCUCCCCCCCCUGCAUAUCCUCGUCAGCCGCUUCUCCUUUGCUGAGGUCCGCCUCGAUGCUGCUGAGUGCAUGCGCCGGCUGCUGCAGCACGUGGGGCUGCUGCAUGCAGCGACAGGUGGCUCCCGCGUCUGCAGCCGCUGCUGCUUCACACCCACUGCCCCCAGCAGCAGCAGCAGCAGCAGCAGCAGCAGUACUAGCACCAGCAAUAGCACCAGCAGCAGCUGCUGCACGAGCCCCAGCAACAGGGUUAGCGGCGACAGCAACAACUGCAGCAACAGCAGCAGCAGCAACAGCAGCAGCAGCAGCAGCAGCAGCAAGUGGACUUCUUGGGUUGGCUGCUGCCAGCAAGAACUGGAUUUAGAUGCUACAGACGGCAGCGGGAGAACGGCGCUGCAUGUUGCUGCUGCUGCAGGUGGUGCUGCUGCUGUUGAGCUGCUGCUGCAUGCGGGGGCUGAUCCUUUGAUAGCAGACAAGAGGGGGCUGCUGCCGCUGCAUGCAGCAGUAGACAGCAGGUCAGUUGACUCGUUGCUGCUGCUGCUGGCGCACACAUUCCCCAUAGAUUGCUUCUACUGGAGCGACCCGCAGCAGCAGCAGCAGCAGCAGCAGCAGCAGCAGCAGCAGCAGAGGAUCGUGGUGGGCAGUGCAGCAGAAGGGGGCCUCACAGGGGCCCCCUCCGACAGCAGGGCCCCCAAGAAGGUGGUGCUGCAGCGGAUGGAGAGGAGACCUUUGCUGCAGCCUGCUAGCAGCAGCAGCAGCAGCAGCAGCAGCAGCAGCAGCAGCUUAGUGUAUCGCCUCGCUAGGCGGUGUGUGCGGCGCUGCUCCUUCCGCUGUCUUGCUGCUGUGUUAUCUUACCCUACGGUCCGUGCCAGGAGCAGCAGCAGCAGCAGCAGCAGCAGCAGCAGUUCAUCCCCAACAGCAGCAGCAGCAGCAGCAGCAGCAGCAGAGUCAUGCUUGGCGUUGCAUUUGUUAGACUUGCAUCAGCUGCGUUCUUUGUUUUCUGUUUCUCGUCGUGUCGGCUGCAUGCAUUUAUUUUUAUUAACUUUAUCCGAAUUAAUAAAUAAAAACGAAAACAAAACAUUUGCUGCUGCAGCAGCAGCAAUAGCAGAAGUCAUCAGCAGCACAACCCCCCCAACCCUAUACACCCCAUCCACCCCUCAUCAUCAUCAGCAGCAGCAGCAGCAGCAAGACCACCCCUACCCCCACCACCCCCAUCACCCCCAGCAGCAGGAGCAGCAGCAGCAGCAGGAGCAGGAGCAGCAUUAUGUAUACAUGCAGCAACGGUGCAGCAGCAGCAGCAGCAUAGUAUACCGUAUCAUCGAAGCAAAGUGUACACUGCUAGCAACACACCCAAACUGCUUCUCUCAUCUGCCGCUACCAGAGCCGAUGGACUUUCCUAUCAAAAGAUUUAAACUCAUGCAGAGGUUUCCUGAAAACCCCAGCAGGCUUGAGGUGCUGGUGCACCGCAGCUGCGGUGUGCUGCGUGCGUUUGAGUUUGGUUCUCUCGAUUGGGUGGAGACGGCUCCCCCCGCCUCCCUCGCUGACAUUCUCCGCGUACACGACGUCAGCUAUGUAUUCAAGCUAAAACAAAAGUAA